UGGGGCUCCCUGUUCCUGUGAGAUUCUGCUGCCGGUCCAAAAGAGCAAUUUUUCACCCAGUGAAUUACUGACAGGAUCUGCGCUCCGUUUUAAAAAUUAAAAUGUAAGAAAAGAUAAGUUGAGUAGGCAGAAGUCGAAUAUCUCUGCUUGCUGUCGAGUCCUUAACGUAGAAGUGGACAGUAGCAAACAUCGGCUAACGUUAGCUAGACUGCUAAUAUUCUAACGUUGGUUUUUCUGUUAUUUUUAUUUUACUUUUUUCCGCUUUGAGGCAUUGACACACUUUCUUUUGUUACAAGCGGCUUUAUUUUGUGAACUUAUUCACUUUUGACCUCGUUUUUUUUCGCCGCUGGCACCCCGAGCUAGCCGGUUACUAACGUACGGUAGUAACAGUCUCCAAGGCAUCAAUGAACAUCCUCCCGAAGAAGAGCUGGCAUGUCCGCAACAAAGACAACGUCGCUCGCGUGCGGAGGGACGAGGCCAAGGCAGCAGAGGAGGAGCGCGAGGCCAAGCGUCGCGUGGAACGUGCGGAGCAAGAGGCGCGUACAGAGUAUCUGAGAAGGAAAGCCCAAGCUGCUUUGCAGUCAGCAGGAGGAAGCAGAGAUGACGAUGAGGAACGGAGUGGAGGAAGUGGAGCUCUGGAGCAUCUCAAUCUUUUUCCCCUGGAGGAGUCGUCGGAGAAGAAGGGAAACGAGGAGUAUCUCAAAGAAAAGAAAGAAGAAAAGGAGAAGCAGGAACGAGCCAUCGGCUUACUGGUGUCAUUGGGACCACAGCCGGGGUCUGAGGUCACUCCUUGGUACCUGAAAAGCAGCAAAGACAAAGAAGAGAGCAAAGAAAAAGAAAAGAGGAAGGGAAUAAGUGAAGAGGAGCGAGAGAAGAAGGAUCGUAGACUGAAGGAUAGUUUGGAUCCUUUGAAAGAUAUGAAGAAAGCUCUUGGGGAGAAAGACAGAAAGGAGCACAAGAGCAAGAAAAAGGAAAAGAGAGACAAAGGGGAAAAGAGGAGCAGUGGAGAGAGCUCCAUAGAAAGGUUACGUGCUGAGCGUUUGCAGAGGGAGGCCGAAGAAAGGAGGAAAGCCCAGGCUCUUCUCGCGCAGAGGAACGGCAAAGGGAAGGAGCCUGGGAGGGAACUGAGCGAGCGGGAGAGGCCUUACAACAGCGCCUACUUCCCAGAACUUGCCCGCAAGCGACAAAGGCGGGACCAGGAGAGCUGGAGAGAGGAGAUUUUGAAAUCCUGAGCUGUCUUUGCUGUUUACAGACUGCAAUAUAUGGUUAGAGGGCAAAUAUUGUGACCAGUUUUCCAAAUAAAGCUAAAGAGGGUCACAGUAGAGCCUCAUCAUGAACUCACUGUGAUACCAGCAGAAAGUCUGAGCUUUUAGCACCACGAUCCAUGUUUUUUUUGUUCCUCGCAUGAAGGCCAGAGGUCAGGUUUAUCUGCAGUGUUUCACCCAUGAGUGCAUCACCAGGGCAGAUGGCUGCCAUCACGGGGGGCUUGAGGCUCAGUCUGUCAGCAAAGGCAAGUCUGUGUGAACGGCUGUUAGCAAGCCUUAUGCUGUAAAAAUCUAAAAAGAUUGACAUCUUCCACAGAUCAUUGUUUGAAUCACUAGUUCCAGUCCUGUUCCAUCCAUUUAGCCACCUCCUCCAGCUCUUCUGGUGGAGAGACUGAGAUUUUCCCAAGUCAGAGAGAGGGACAUAGAGAGAUCAUUUCUCCAGCAUGUUCUGGGUCUACUCCAAAGUUUGCUUCUGGUAGGACAUGCCCAAAACAUUUCAACUUGGAGACAUCCAAGAGAACCAUCCUAGUCAGACAGCCGAACCACCUCAACUGGCUCCAGUGGAUAUGGAAGAGUAGCGGCUUUUCUCUAAGUCUCCCCCAAAUGACCAAGCUGCCCACUCUAAAGGAGAGCUUUGGAGGAAGAUCAUUUCCACCACUUGCAUCCUCAGUCUCAUUCUUUCAGUCUCUACCUAAAGCUUGUGUUCGUAGGGAGGAGAUCAACUGGUAAAUCAACAGCUUUGCUUUCAUGCACGGCUUUCUUCACUAAGCCAAGAACAAAUUAUAAUGUAUGAUUAUCAAAUAUGAACAAACAUCAUAAUUUAUAUUUUCUCUGUUUUCUUACACUGCAGAUUUAAAAAAAAAAUGCUGUAAAUGUUGAUGACACCAAUAAAAGUAUUAU